GUUUGGUGGAGCUAUGGUUCCGUUUGUGGACCAGGCCAACCAUGGGAAGCCACACUUGGAGUUCCGCUGUCACAAAGGCACCGUGCGGGGCCGGGCGGUUCGCCGCAUAGUUCCCGGAGAGAUCCUGCAAUCCUACGGAGAGCUGUCAACGGCCGAUUCCUUGUAUCGCUACGGCUUCGCAGAUCUGGCGAAAACCUCUGCCGAGAUCACCCUGUCAGCAAAAGAGGUGGUGACCAUUUCUGUCGAAUUGGUGCAGGAGUCGGCAAAACAGCACGGCUGCGCCGGGAAGCUGCCCCGA